GUCUACCAGGCCGCCCUGUUGCAAACUACUGGACUACAAAUUUAUUUUAUGCAUAUUUUUCAGUCAGUGUUCCUAUUUCAUCUAUCCAACCAUCUAACCAUUUUCAACACCCCUGAUCCUGAACAAGGAAGCCUCUAUUUCAAUUACUUCAAAAGGUGUGACAAUGAAGACGCUUUACACACCAACACAACCACAAACGGGACAACUCAGUGAGAGUGAACACAAAAAAAAGGUUUAAGUUGAAUAUAAUGCAAUGAUGACUUAUUAAAGUGUACUCAAUGAAAGUGACAGUGUCUGUAUGUGAUGAAUAUGAUUCUAUGCAGUUGAAGUCCAUGUGGGUAUGUGCAGUCUGCAUCUGUUGGAGUCAGGAUGUGGUCUACUAAACUCAGUUACCGGAAACGUCAUGCGUUUUAUUUAUUUAUUUAUUUAUUUUGUGACACAGUGUCACUCAGUGUUUGUUGGGAUUGUUGUUGAUGUUACCAUGUCCUCGAGAGUGAUUCUCGAUGGUACCAUGAUAAAAAAAUCGCAGCAAAAAAAAAGAACAUCUCCAUGCAACUACAAGAGGAGACUUUUUGUGCUGGACACACAGGAAUUGAAGUAUUCUGAGCAUCGUCCUGGAAGAAAGCCAGUACUGAAAGGUACCAUCGAGUUAUGCAGUAUUAAGUGUGUGGAGACAGUCUUUACCAACCUCCCCAUUCCGUGUGACUACAAGUACCCCUUCCAGGUGUUUCACGGCAACCAUUUCCUCUACAUUUUUGCCCCAGACAAUGAUUGUCGUCUGAGGUGGGUGCAAGCUCUGAAAGAAGAGACAAGGAAUAACAAUUUGGUCGAAAAAUACCACCCACAAUUUUGGAUGGAUGGAAAUUGGAAAUGCUGUCAGCAGUCAAACAAACUGGCAAUGGGCUGUCAAGUAUAUGAUCCAAUGGGUUACGCUUCUAAAAAACCACUUCCUGACAUCCCAGUUUCAGAGGUAGAAAUACACGAUACAGUGCAUCGGAUGGUUAUUGCUUUGCAGAACUACACACCAUUUGGAUACAGAGAAUUGGUGCUUCACAAAGACAAGGAGUACACCCUGACAGACAGCUCCCAUCCCGUCUGGUGGAAUGUUCGAGAUGAAAGCGGGAAUGAUGGGUUUGUGCCCAGGACACACCUAGCUGAAAUAUCAGGGAGCAACUUUGAGAGAUUUGAAUGGUAUCACAAGCACAUUGCCAGAAGAGAAGCAGAGGAUUUGUUGAUCAAAGAGGGAAAAGAAGGUGCAUUCAUGGUUCGAAACUCAAGACAGACAGGUGUCUACACAGUGUCAGUAUUCACUAAAGCACCGGGAGAAAACGGCGAGAAACAACCAUGCGUGAAACAUUACCAAAUCAGGCGGACAGAAACAGAAGAGUCUUCUUUUUACUUGGCCGAGAAGUAUCUGUUUCGCACUAUUCCAGAGCUGAUCCGUUACCACCAACACAAUGCUGCGGGUCUGAUAACACGUCUCAGACACCCGAUCACUCAAACAGGCGGCUACUCCCAGGAAAUUGAUGGUCCAUCCAAAGAUGAGUGGGAGGUGGACCCCGAAGAACUCACCUUUGGUCAAGAGUUAGGCAGUGGACAGUUUGGGAUGGUGCUGUGGGGACAAUGGAGGGAGAAGAGAGUGGCACUGAAAUUCAUAAGAGAAGAUUGCAUGUCGGAUGAGGAAUUUAAAGAAGAGGCAAGGGUCAUGAUGAGAUUAUACCACUCAAAGCUCGUUCAGCUCUAUGGUAUAUGCACCCAGCGUUCUCCGAUGUGUUUGGUGUUGGAGUUCAUGGAGAAUGGCUGUCUAUCAGACUACCUGCGAGCCCAAAAAGGAUGUUUAUCCCAGGACACAAUGUUGGGGAUGUGUCUGGAUGUCGCUGAAGGGAUGGCCUACCUGGAGAUGUCUAACUUCAUCCACAGAGAUCUGGCUGCCAGGAACUGCCUAGUUUCAAAGAACAACGUGGUUAAAUUGUCUGAUUUUGGCAUGACGAGAUAUGUUCUUGAUGACCAGUACACAAGUUCUUUGUGCUCCAAGUUUCCCGUCAAGUGGUCAUCACCAGAGGUUAUCAAAUACUGCAAGUUCAGCAGCAAAUCUGAUGUCUGGUCCUUUGGUGUUCUCAUGUGGGAAGUCUACACAGAGGGCCGGCUUCCUUAUGAGAACCAAUCCAAUGCUCAGGUAGUAGAGUCCCUGAAUACUGGCAUGAGGCUGCUUAAACCACGACUGGCACCGGAGGCUGUAUAUCUGCUUAUGGAGUGGUGCUGGAAAGAGAAACCAGUGGAUCGUCCAUCCUUUGCAUUGCUGUUGCACGAGCUUUCCUUAUUUUGAGGCUGUUGAACCACAACAUGCGGGUAGUGGAUGCUAAACAUUAAGCAGAGUUAUAUUUAUUCUGUUUUUUUUUGUGUCAAUGGCUAAAGUUUGGCGUUCUUAUAUAUUGUACCAUAAAUUCAUGCUUCUCACACCUGCCUUUGUCAUUCCAUUUGCACUUUAGCCAUUUCAUUGCUCUGUAUCCAUUCACAUGCUUUGUAUUUACAUAGCUGCAUUGUACAUUGAAAGUAACACACAACUCAAAAUUAAUUUCCUUCAUUCUGUUAAGCAGUGUGUAUGAAUUUUAGAAGUUCAGGGUGUUCCCCCCCUACUGCCCGAAGAGAGCUGGGAAAGCACGCCCGGGACCCUUGUGAGGAUAAGCGGAUUAGAAAAUGGAUGGAUGAUGGAUGGAUGGAACUUCUCAUAGUUCUCUAGGUUAUCUAAUAUUUCAAGUGUAUUUGCUGGUCCAAUGCAAUGGUCACAAAAGAUCAGAAUAAACUAUUUUACACAAUC